AUGCCACCUCCCACCCUGGCGCCUUUCCCUCUCUCCCUCUCUUUCCCUCUCUCUUUCUUCUCUGCCACUGCUGUGGGCGAGCAACACCUGCAAUCGACACUUCAACAAGAAAGGGAAAGGAACGAGUGGCGGAUUGCCGCGGCCCGUGAUGAGGCUCGGGAUGCCGAGCGUGAGAUUGCCGCCGCUGAACGCGAAAAGUUGAUUGCCAGCCACCACAGCGAGCUAGAGGUGAUGACCCAAAAUGGUGUGCAUCAGACCUCAGGCCUACACUCACAGCAUUCAAUUGUUUUGGGCCAUCCAAUUCUCCACGACAGUCUGGAGGCUCGACAGCAAAAGAGUGAACUUCAUCGCUUGGCCGUCCUCAAGGCCAAGGCCGUGAUCUGGGAGCGAGCUGAGCAGAAGGUUCUAGUCGAGGCAGAAAAGGCUCGAACCGAAGCGUAUGCUCGUGCCAAGGCACAAUUUGACGAGGAGAUUGAGCGCGUCAAGGGAGAAACGGCCACAGCCGUGGCAGCUGCCAUUGUACCCUACAAAGCGACUAUCGAGCAGCUACACGCCGACAUCAAGGACCUGUAUGCGGAGAUUGAAGUCCACAAAGAGCGCCUUGUACACGCCAAAGAAGAACACGAGAGCACGCGCGUGGACAUGGAACAGCUGCGUGACUCCUUCCGCAAAACCCUUUCAUUGAUUCCCGGAUACCAGAGCGAUAACCCGUGGUUACUGUGA